ACAUAAUCGGCUAAAUUGCUAAAAUAUUUAUUUCAAAUCAAAUAUCCUUCCUUUACCAAGAAUGAUGGAUGGAUGGGAUAAAAGAAUAUAUGAAGCCCAAGAGAUUUAGCAUCUUAUCCUACAUAUGUGUGGUCAUCCAUUUUCACUGUGGAGUGAUAUUUACUGCAAUUACCACGACUCUGAGACUCAGCGAGAUGGAAAAGUUCAGUUGUGCUGUUGAUACAAAACAUGCAACGCACAAAAGUUAUGUCGAGAAAACGUGUUUUUCAAUCUACGAUGACGAGUACAACUCUCCCGUGAAAUUCUCUGCCUUCGUUCUGUUCAAUUUUGGUUCUGUUGUUGUUGUGAGUGUCGUUUAUUCGCUUGCUGUUGGCAAUCGUAUCGAAGAUGCAGAAAGACUCUCAAGCGGAAGUGAUGAACCUCAAACAGUCGCCAAGAAAGGAAACAAUGAACAAGCAUACUGUAUUGUAUCCGAGUGGUUUUGAUACUCAAUUCAGUUGUGUUUAUCCCGAAUUGAGAUCAGUUGAUCCCAACAUGACUCCAGCAAAUAAUGGAAGUGCCAACUUAUCCAGUGUAAAAUGUACGAA